AUGUCGUACGGCUACCAACCACCUCCCAACCAGCAAUACUCGGCUCAGAACAAUCUCAACUUCUAUCAGUCCUCGUUUCCACAGCAGCCAGUAUCAGGUCAAAGCACACCGUUUCAAGCAGCAUACGGCGGGGGAACACAGAGCCAGGCAUACGCAGCAUCAGGCGCAUACGGAGGAGCAUCUGCGAAUUAUGGAUUUGGCUCGUUUGCAGGCCAGCCCGGCGUGAGUGGGCAGAUGGGCACAGGCUCAGAAGGACUGAGGACUGGCAUACUGGCUGCAUUUGGAACAGAGGGAUACCCAGGCGAGCCACCGUUGCUUGAAGAGCUAGGCGUCAACUUCCAACACAUUCAGACGAAGGUACAUUCUUGAAGUCGCACGGGCAUGUUCGUGCAUUGCACAUACUAAUACGGGCGCAAAAUCAGACACUCACAGUUUUGAAUCCCAUGGCACGGAUAGACAAUCACAUCAUGGACGACGCGGACCUAGCAGGACCCUUCCUCUUCUGCGCCUUAUUCGGAACCUUCCUCCUAUUGGUAUGUUGUUCCACACCCAACAAGCGUUCAAAUAGCUGAUGUGCUCGCAGUCUGGAAAAUUAUGGUUCGGAUACGUAUGCGGCCUUGCUGCUCUUGGUGCCUUCGCUCUGCACUUCGUCUUCAGCUUGAUGUCACCACCACUCUCCCAGGAAGAGUCAAGCGCCGCUUCAAGCUCUCACAGCGCCUACCACGGAUCCUCGCAUUUCUCCUCGACGCUUACAUUGGGCAGAUCAAGCUCCGUUCUGGGAUACUGCUUGCUUCCGCUUGUCUUCGCGAGCCUUCUGGGAGUCGUGCUGCCACUCGACACCUUCAUCGGAUACUGCGUUGUCACCCUGGCCAUUGGUUGGUGCACUUACUCGAGCUCCGCGAUGUUCACCGUGGUAGGCCGCAUGACGAACAUGAGAGGUCUUGUGGCGUAUCCGUUGGCUUUGUUCUACGUUGGAUUCGGCAUCAUGGCUGUCUUCUCCAGCCGUGGAACUGGUAGAAUUGACGCCAUGACCAAGACUGGCGCAGCUUGA